CUCUGUGUACUGAUAUGAUCCACUUCUGCACUCGCUGCGCUUUGGUUCCACACUCAGUCUUUUUUGACUCUAGAAGAGGUACAACUUUCGGCGUAAUCCAAGACGCACCUUGACUGACCGCAACGGAGCACAAAUGCAAGUGGACAAUGCAUGUCUAUGACAUGUAGAAGACUAAGAAUAAUGGAUUCUUGUGUUAAACGUGUUUAAGCAGUGCAGCCAAAGAGAAGCGGGAAAUUAAAGAUGCGUUCUCAUCUGUCACAAUCUUAGUAACGCGGAGAUGCGCAGCGGCAGGUGAUGUGAAUGCGGGCGCGUCUUGGCUCAACUGGUCUCCAAGUGGCGCGAUCUCUCCAAGAACUUUUGCACGAUGGAGAAACAGAAUUUAUCUUUCUCUAAGAGUCACAUUUUGAAGCAAGAACAUCGAUUUACGCGACUAUUUAAGAAGUCAUUAUGACAAUUCUUCAUUCUUUUUAUUUUUUAGCAAUUAUUGUUUAUUACGCGAAGCAUUUUAAAUUAACAAACGAGUCGACUUUAAGGUGCAAAUCGAAUAUUGCUUUAUGCAAAACAUCCUAAAACAGCAGGGCAUUAAGUGAGAGCACUGACUCAGGAAUCGAGUUCAUCCGAAUCCCGUUGGCUCGUAUGGGACUGAGGCACUCAUCGCGGUGCCUGCUGCUGCGGAGAAAGAUGGCGGAGGCAGACAGCUCGGAGCGGCAGCAGAAGCAGCAACAACAGCGCAUUUCCACCGUGCCCUCAUCUCAAUCCCUUCAACCAUCUCCUCUACCAAAGCCGGUGACCUCCGCUCACCAUGUUCCUCACCCCCCCCACACACCACAUGUCUCUUCACUAUCUGCUUGUCCGGGCCGAGGCAAAAUGGCCAAGCUGCUCAACCCAGAAGAGAUGACAUCCCGGGACUACUACUUUGACUCCUAUGCCCACUUUGGAAUUCAUGAGGAGAUGCUAAAGGAUGAGGUCAGGACACUAACCUACAGAAACUCUAUGUGUUUGUCUCCUCUGUACAUGGAGGGAGGAGUCUCGUUCAUCAUCGCUGACGUUCUGCUGAUAUAUAUGGAGAAAGUCACAAAUAUCUCUUCUGAUUUGUCACUCAAGUUGUUUGAUGAUUUCCUUUGUUAA